CUUAUUUCAUGUCAUUUGUCAUAUUUUCAAAAACAUUUUCCUUAAAAUAUGAAUUUUAUAUCCACCCAGCUUAUUAACUGUGAUAAUCGCUUAUAUUAUUUAUAAGAAUCAACCGUAAAUUAUAGUUAUGGAGUAUUUAAAAGAUUACGAUAAUGCUGACACAAUCAGUAUUGAUACAUUAGCGCUUGAGGAAGCCGUACAAGACGAACGAGAAAGAGAAAUAUUAGAAUUAAGUACACUUAGUAAAAAAGUAUGUUUUCUACACACAAGCAUACUUUACUACAGGAAUGCAAAAUCGAAACUGGGAGCUACUUGUCACGAAGCUUGGAGGACACUGAUAAAAAAAAUAGGGGGUACUCCAAACACUUGGAGGGAACUUGGGUAUUCCUUGGGUAUAUCGCAAGAUGAUUUAGAUUACAUUAUGAGUACAGUAAAAGAAGAUCCCGCUGACACAGUUCUUAAAGUGUUCAUGCAAAAUGAGAAUGCAACAUUGGACAAAAUUCUUGAUGCCUUAGUUAAAAUGAAACGUUUUGAUAUCCUGAAAUCCAUAGAUGAUCCAUUCAGUAUUUUAUCACAAUGUUUUUAUAAAGAAGACAGUGGCUACCAUAGUGGUAGCAAAACAAGUGGUACAAGAGAAAUCAUAAGUUUUACAAAGAACCUUCCAAACGAUUUACCACCAGCUUUAAACAAAUCAAUGGUUAUCAAAGAAUCUAAAAGGCCUGAUAAACCAACACUCAGACCACCGGUCAAGACUGAUGAUACAAAGAUAGAAAAGGAUCAUCCUAUAUUAUUUUUGACAUUUACGGAGGAUGGAUGGGCAACAGCAGUUAAUAUAAAACAAUAUGUAGAAAAUUGGACAGAUGUACCAGCAGUUAGUGUAAUCACCCUCAAUGAGAGAAGAGAUGAAGUUUAUCGGAAUCCUGAAAAAUUUAUAAGAGAAUAUUUUGAAAAGGCUGACUACAUAGUGCCUAUAAUAACAACAGGAUAUUUAAAUGAAAUAAGAUCUCAUACACCAAGAGUACAUAACACAAUUGAUAAUUUGGACUUUAAAUAUGCCAGCUUUAUAUAUAAGUUGAUAAUUAACCAUUAUAUACAUGCAUCUGGAUGUCUCAAUAUAAAAGUGAGAAGUGUAUUGCCUCAAAAUGCAGAAGUCAAUGUACUUACAGAUAUUAGAAUGUAUCCGGACUUAACACCUUGGACAUAUGAAGAGAACUUUGAUGAGACUUUCAAAGUUUUUUUAAAUAAAGAAUAUUUGACUUUGUAAUAUUGUAAAUUAUAAUUAUAGAACUGGGAUUUGACUACAGUGCCACUCAUAGUAAUAUAUUGUUGAACUUGAAUAAGCGAAAGUCCAAACAAUAGAGGACAGAAAUAUUUUUCUUGCUCAUAGAGGUUUCUCUCGAGACUGAGUUUCUCGCUUAUGAAGGCAGACAACCUUUAAUGCCUCGGGAAUGACUCUGCUUUAUCAAGGUUCAAGUAUGCGUUGUAGUUCCUUUUUUGUGUAGGAACUAAAAGAUGACAAUUUGCAUAUGUAACAUGGAAACAGUGAUAUAUUAAUGUGUUCUUAUUUUGGCAUAUUCUAGGUUAUAAGAAUACUAUUAUGAUUAACUUUUAUGCUCGGAUUUAAUUCCUUUAGGUGCAAAUAAUUUAAUUUUUUUUAAUAAGAUUUUGGAUAAAAAUUUUGAAAUGUCAC